UUGGUGUUUCAAACGAACUCAACGUACAAGAGCUAACAAGAAAGACAGGGUUUGUUCUUUCAUAUGGCUGUGCUGUAGCUAAUGUGGCAAGGCAGGCACUGGCAUGGACUAAGAUUGCGUGGCCGAAGGAGGGAAUUCGCAACUGGAGGAUGAUUGGAUCAUUGCAUGUAUCUUGCAGUAUGUUGGAGGCCUGAUGAAACUGCACUUCGCUGAGAUGGAGAAAGUGAGAAGCUGCAGCGUGGAUUCCACGCAUGAUACCAUGCUAGAUGCAUUGGACCACAUCAUGACAAUCCACAGGCAGAAAAUACAGGAGCUGGAAGACCAAUUAGAGAAAGAACGCAAUGAGUACGUGGAAAAGCUGCAGUCGGAGUUGGCCAACUUCCGCCAUCACAUGCGCCUCAAGGACGAGACGAUCGCGUGCCUGCGCAAGCAGCUGUCCCAGUCCCUGAACCGCCCAGCCAUGUUGAAUUCACCAUCAACUGGAGCACGCCAGAGCUGGACCUUGGAGCCACUGUUGUCGCGCUGGAAGCACACGUACGACUACGCUCGCUCCUAUUCGCCAACGCCGCAAGACAAGCUUCGCCGCUCCAUUAGCUGCGACAACAACGUCCUGUGCCCGCUACCCAACUUUGGACCACCAGACGUGUUCUCUCAGCUGCAGUCCCCGUCACCGUCGACCAGCGUCGCCAUGGGCAUGUCAAGCGUCAGCAAGGCAGCGACGGCACGGCAACAGGCGGCGGUCCUCGCGCCGUUCAUGGACAUGACGGCGAAGUCAUCCAGCGCCAGCAUAGCCGUUCACCCGCGCCUUGCCCUGGCGGUGUCACACUCCAACGACACCACCACCGACCCGGCCGACUCGGCUGCGGGAUUCGACAGUCUGGACUCGGCUCCGGGGAAAACAGUGACGGGCGGUGAGAAGACGAGUCCGGACCCCGAUUACGCCAUCCUGCUGCGGCAGACGUCACUCACCUCCACCAUGUCCAUGGUUACGGCGAAACCUGACUACAACAGCUCGCUGGCACGCUUAGACUCGACCGCGUCCGAACCUAUCAGCCACAUUAGUAGCAUGCAGCACAAUGGUAACAUGUCUGCAGCCCUGCCAUCGAGCAGUUUCGCUGUCACUAGCUGUGCUGACCACAUCUCACCCCCAGUUUCCGUCCUGCCCUCAGCAGAUGACAGCACUGCCGAGAGCGUGUUAAGAACGCCGUUGCCUCAAAGCGGUGGGAGCAUUGCCGACCCUCAGGCUCAGUGUGACAAUGGCAAUGUUCCUGUUCAAACACUUCUGCAAACCAUCUGGCGCAACGGCAAGAAGGGCAACGGCGGCCCAACCGAAGAGCUUGUGGCGUCAUCACGCGCCCUUUCGGCCGGUGCCUCCAAUCUGCACUCGGUGCUGAUGCGCAGCGCCAUGCCUCCCAAGGUGCUAAGCGUGGAAGCUUCCCACGCCCCGUUGUCCAAGACAUCCAGCACGACUAGAAGCAACACUGUGCCGCCGCCGCAGUCCAAUCAAGCCGUUUCUUCGGCACACUACUACAGCACCAUCUGCUCGGUUGCGUCGCUCAACUCGGAGCGCGACAGCGACGAUAAACUGGACGACCCGUUCCUGGGCAGCAGCAGUGACCUGCGGCGCCGUCUGAACAGCGAGUACGUGCCUGUGUUCAGCGGCGAAGGUCACGAACUGGGAGUAGUGGAGAAGUCCAGGCAGCGGCCGAGCCAGGAAAGCCUCUUGGUGUGUGUCAGCCACUCUCCGCUCGUUAGCGGCUCAUCGGCGGCCGUACGCCUGUCCGACGUGCCGGAGGAUUCUAGAAACACGACGGGAGAGCUGUCCACAGCAGACACUCGCACUCAAAUAGCCGUGGCGCCAGUCGGCACUGACAUUGCAGAAACCGAUAUGCUGGAGGACGGUGUCAGUCGAGAGCGCAUGUUGGCCGCCGAAAGCUCCGGCGAUAUGCCAUACUGCUCUGCAGACGAAGGUGAUGCUGCGUAUCCCGCUGGUAGAAUGAUGGAUGUGUUGUAUACUCAGGGUAAUGCCCUGGCACCUAGCCCGCCGCCGCCAUACAAAGUGCGCAAGUGGAAACUACCGGGACUUUCUCCUGCUGCUAAUCUUCCAGCUGACGGUGGUAGCCGCAACGGCAAUCUAUCCCCGCUCGAUAUACCGUCACCACGCCCCGUAUUGCUACACGAGGUACCCGAAACGCAAUUUAAUCCCGACGACACAGAGGCGAGCGAAAGCUUUGGCCUGAUCUGUGCCACUCGCAAGAAGCUCACGCCGUCCGGAGGUGACUGCAAUGCACAGUUCGUAAUACCGGAGACGCUCAACAUCGAUAUGGACUGCGAUGCACCACAGUCCCAGCGUCUGGAGCGCCUCAGCUCUGCUGACACAAGCGGCUCACCUCUGCUGGCUAACGUCACAACGUCGACUCAGUCCUGCCCAUCGCACAGCACCAAAUCUCACGAUCGUACCAGUCACCCUAGUGGUCCCGUAUGCGCAUCAAAUCACCCCUGUGCAGCUCCAUGCGACAGUAGUACAGCGUCUCCUGUUCUGGGUGUACGGCGUACUCGUCCCCUCGGCCGCACUUCCACCACAUCCGAGUAUGUUGACGAAGACGAAGGCGAGAUCAGCAAAGACUCGCACUUAGUCGGUAAUCCGCUGAGCAUUGAUAUUUCAGUUGGCAGGCUCGACGGAAAUUGUGCCGCAAGCACGAGUAACAACAGCACGGUUUCAGCAAAGUCAUCGGAGCAGCCAGCGCGUUCUCGCCUGCAGAGACCGGCCGCUAGCAAGGUGACCGGACGCGUCAAGUACCAGGUUUCCGUGUUCCAGUCACAAGCGACUGGUGGCAGCGCCGCCGUCAGUACUAGUAGUGGACCUGCGGAAGCGCACAAUGACAUUGGCCCUGCCUUGAUGUCUAGAGGGGAUUCCUCGGCCUGCUCUUCCCCAGCUGUCUCGGUAGGAGGAGGAGAGGGAGACUGCCGUUGUUGUCAGCCACUGGAGAGGGACGAUGCUAUUUCUCAUGGCAGUAGUGGCACUAGUAUUUCUAGUUCAGGUGCAGCUGAUCCGAAUAGGCUGACCACUAGCUAUGGUAGCAAGGAGCGCCUCAUACAGGGCUCUCUGGAGGAGGAAGAUGAGGGCGAGGACGGAGAAGUUGCAGAAGAGGAGAAAUGGUCCUUUGUUCCCAUUCCUCCCACAGACUCUCAGCUCUCUUUAGAUUUGUCAGCACCGUUUCCACAGUCACCGGAGCUAAAGGCACGCAAUACUCCGCAGGCCAGACCCAAGUUGAAGCAGCAUACGCCAAAGAUCAGACACACCCGCGCUAGCUCUGACGAUAUGCGCUCGCCAAUGCCAGCACUUCCGUUAAGAGCGGCAUCGUUUGCUGGCCGCUCGCAUGUGCCCGUUGUGCCAUGGAAAGCUGCUGAUGCCAGUGCCACCCAGCGCGAACAUCCUCACUCUCAGCCAACAUCCAAGGCCGACUUGGAUUCGAGUAGAUCCGAUGGAGAUGUUAGCUUUGACAGCAUAGCAGCAAGCUCUGCUAGGAAUGCUGCUAACGGUGACGAAUGGAGUGCCAACAACUCUGAUACGAGUUUCAACUCGACACCGAAACCUGGCAAGGACACCGAUUCAAACUGGCUGAAGCGUGGCAUUGACGUCACCAAGAGAACCACCGAUCGCUGGCUAUCCAGGAGUGCCGUCACCACGCCGACGGCCCGUAAGAAUCGCAAGGCGAACGGUCUGGUGAACGCGGUCAAGGCUCGAGGUCUGCAUCCUGGUAUCAACGUAGUGGCUACUGGCAGUGUGCCGUCGGAGGCCACCGCAACUAAGCAGAUCACCCUGCUGGAUCAGCAUUACUUCCAGUCGAAGAAGGCAACGCAGCAUCAAGGUGAUACCCACAGCAAAUCACCACAGCACAGGUCGCCGGUGGAUGCUGCCAGUAAGCGGCAAGGCAGACUGGGCACCGUCAAGUCACCGGAAACGUUCCCGUCCGCCGAUGGCGACGGCAGCCUGGGAGUGGUCAGCAGCACACCGAUUCCUCCUGGCCCGCUCAGCAAAGCGAAGAAAAGCAGCCGCCGGAUGACGUGGGAUUCGACUUUAACACGGUCACGCAACGCACCCGCUGCUGAUAGGGUCACUGCAGAAGGUGCUGAGCUCGUCUCUGAAGAAGCGCCGGUGGUGCAAUCACCGUCACCGCGGAAAGCAGAUCGUCGGCCACCCCUCGUCAAGCGUACAGCAGUCAUCAAUCUAGAGCCGGUCAGCUCUCCCCAGGUGGCCGCGGCUCCAGUGUUUGACAGUGCGCGGGCGGCAGAUCGGCACGGCGAGGUGGCAUGUGGCACCGUCCACCAGUCGACGACGCAGGGCGACUCCACCUGGUUUGAACUGAGCCAUCCGCAGCAGCAGGUCGAGAUCAGCACUGCUGCGGAGGAUCGGUGCACCUCACCACCGGCACCCGGACGACGGUCCGACCCCACUAUUACUGUGGAGCAGACAACCUGCCACGCUGAUAGCCAGAACAACAGUUACAACCUACUCGCCGGAGAUGACAACAAUGCAGUUGAUCCUGGCACUGAGCACUCGCCGGAAGUAACUAUCCUCGACACUCGUCCAGCACCAAUGAAAGAGAACAACGGGGCCGCCACCAGCGGAAAUCCCUAUCGUCCCCGGUUUGGGAGCUUAGGUGCCAAGACAGCGGCCGCCUGUAAAGAGGUGCUGGGCUCGAAGUCGUCCAAUCGUCCACGGGGUGACAGUCCACAUCAGAAGCAGACAGCGGUGGCAGCGACGGCUGGCGUGUUUGAGGUGCCCGACCCCGAUCUAACACAGGACUUCAUCAAGCCGAUGCCGGCAAGAGCACCGCUUGGUCAAGAGCGCCCGUACAAGUUCCAGGCGUCGGUACGCAAGCAUCACUUGCGAGAACAGCUACCGGCUACAAAGGAAAGCUGCUGCAGCAAAUACUAUGAGCUGGACGAUGAUGGUGACCACCAUUGCCAGCACGUCAGCCGGCACCGCGAGUUGAACGCGCCCACCACGGACACGCCGGAUGACUUCUGGGACGUCAGCUUCCCGUCGUCGGAGAUCUGCAAAGAGAAAGGCUACAUGCGGGACGACGACAGCGCUCCUCAGCCGCUGCGGAAGCGGAAGAAAGUCCGCAAUAGCCGCACCAAGGACAUGUCGUAACGCUGUCAGUGUUCCACCGCAGGCACGUUCAUUGAUUGGACUGUCAUCGUCGCGCAGCCAGGGGUUGAGUUACACAUACCAGGAUUUUCAAAUGUUUCUGAUACUUUUUAUUACAACACGCAAGCUGCAUGUAUCCAGAACAAUUCCAUUCCGCCAUUUUUUUUUAAACCAGACUUAGCAACUUGCAGAGAUGAUGAAAUUCCACUAUGCAAUUAACAAUACCGGUUGAAACAAAUUGCCUCCAAAGUUCCACGCUUCAAUAUCAGAUUUUUAUUUUUUAAUGGUUUUUUACCGUGAAGAAAGAGUUUACUGCGCGACGGGGUCCACUCUUGUUCGCCAGCAUAGGAUUCUAUUCCGACUCUUGUCAACGCGCAUUCAAUCUGCUUUAUACCGUCGCAGAGCUUCUAUUUGAUCCUUUUUAGUAUUUAUUUGUAUGUAUAGGCUCUCACAUUGAGUUGAGUGCCUUGAUGCUGCCGCUCUCGGCACUUGUGCUCUUCCACUACUCUGUAGUAGACAACCCCUUUCUCUCUCUCUCUCCUUCUUUCUUCCUCUCGGGCUCGCGCUCUGUGUGUGUCUGUGUCUCUGUCUGUCUGUCUCUCUCUCUCUCUCUCUCUCUCUCUCUCUCUCUCUCUCUCUCUCUCUCUCUCUCUCUCUCUCUCUCUCUCUCUCUCUCUCUCUCUCUCUCUCUCUCUCUCUCGGGCUCUUUCCCUCUCGCCACAUUAGAAAUACGUUGCAUUGUUUCAACGGCUUUGUGUCGUGCAAGUACAGCACUACUGGUGCUUGCUUUCCUAGAGUACCAGUUCUGUACCUACUUGCGCAUGUGCUUGAGUAUCUACUUAUGCAUGUGCUUGACAGA